GCCGGCGCGCGCGUCCUCCCGCCGGGCGAGCUCAAUCUCCGCUCCACUCUCUCUCUCUCCGUCCGCCCCCGCACACGCGGUCGGCGGAGGUUGCGCGCGCGUCCACGGGUGCUGUUCGUGUGCGGUUCCGUGGAAGAGGAGGGGGGGGGGGGGGAUUGGUUUGGUGGUGGAGAUGGUGAAGGUGUCAUCAAGCAAAGUCCGCUAUGAGCCUGGACCGACAUUUGAGGAGAACAAUAAGGAGGCUAUGCUUGACAUCUCACCAACAGAGUCAACAGAACUUUGGCUAAUACAAUGGCCUCUAAAUCAGGUAGAUGUUUCUGAUUUUCAUGGGGAAGAGCUUACUCUUAAGUUGCAUCACGAUGGAACAUUGGGCAGUCUGGAGAGUUCAUCAGGGAAAUCUUAUGAACUUGUCAGCUUUGCCUCUCAGCAACCAGAUGCAACUGUUUUCCUGCCAUCAGGAUCAGAAGCAAAAGCUGUUGGGAAGAUUUCACGUCGAGUUAGCUUAGUUCGGUAUCCUGAUCCUGAAGAACUGGAGAAGCCUAGUUAUGGGAGUCUUACUCCUAGCAGUAAGAAAUCUGCAGGUUCCUCGAAGAGGACAAGGUCUCGGUUCACUAGCGGAUCGAAGAACCGCAGCAGCCAAGGUUCAGCGCUGUCGCUGGGCCAACAAAGCGCCGAGCCCAUGCACAAGCACAAGCAAAAAGGAAAGGAUGAAAGCAGCCUGGCGCACUCAAAUGUAUCAGGCAAGUCCACCGAAGGAUCGCAGGCCCGUAGCGGUGACAGCAACACGACAUCGGAGAUGCCUCAGUCGUCAGCUGAGAGAUCCAAGAAGAAGAACAAGAAAGUUAGGAUCGCAGAGUAGUAGCAUCACCAUCCUACCAUGAGCCGUCGCUGCCCAGGAGUGACAAGAAGGUCAGCAUCUCCCAGGAGCUCUAUUAUGAAGGCAGCUCCUUUAAAGUUUCCUGCACCUUUGAUGGAUCAUUAUUUUGCUGCAUUUUGGUCGGCUGUUUGGUUUGUAUUUUUUUGUGAUGAGCAGCCAGCUCUGCACGAGAUGCUGAAUCGCCUUAAUUUUUACCGUGUUAAGAAGAUGGCAUUUGGUCUAAGUUUUGAUCGACUGGGAUUUCACCAUAUGAAUCACCUUGUACCUGUAGCUGUCGCCAAUUUGGGCGUGGAAUGUAAACAUUUUAUUGGAUCA